GUCCACAUUUAAGCAGCUGCCUCCCCAGAGCAGAGGUGGCAGGAAUCAUUCCACUCCUCAGACCAGAGCGUGUUGUCAUAUAGCCAACCACUGCUCAGCGCAACACUGCCCCUAACAACACAGAGGAAAGGAUGCUGCUUUUUUUCUGUAGCACAGCUGAACUCUCGCUGGAUUUCCUCAGCAGCGCUGUCCGUGCACUGAAGUGACCACUGAAUUGGGAGAACAGGUCUGUGAGAGGAAGAAGCAAGAGAAAGAAAGGUGGAGGAAGAGCAGUUGUCAUUUCUUUCCAACUGCAGAAACCAGAGCACAGGAAUCCAGGAGCACUGGGACAGCAGACCAGGAAAAACAGAGAUCAUUACCGUGAGGGGAACACAGAGCUGGGGGAGGCAGGGUGGUGGGGGUGUCGGAGUGCAGGCUUGUUAAGGCAGUGGAAAUUAUAGCAGGACUCUGAAUGUAACAGAUGGAUGGACUCAUUUCCAGGAAAUAAAGAGUGCAGAGGAUGCACACAUGAUUAAGGAGAGAAAAGGGACAUUUUUGCAGCUUUUUGUGGUGGAAAUUAUGGUGUGCCAUGAGUGUCAAGAGAGAGCAACAGCCCCCAUGCUCUCAAAUGGGGCACUGCAUAAAGAGAUAACAUCAAUAUACAACAUUUGAGGAGCAACUCUCCUGUCAGCUGUACUGCCCCAUGGCAUGAUCACUUGUCCUGCAGGACAGUCCGAAAAUCCCAUCCGAGAGGCUCACAGGAAAAACAUGUCAUCAUCCUUGUAGCCACCAAUCUGCCAGCUCUGAUAACCCACUGGCUGUUCACAACACAUGCUUGGCUUGAUUGAAUGUGACCACCGCGCUUCACAGCAGUUUAUUAUCUGCAUCAUGCAGUGGAGAAGGCGACACUGCUGCCUGAUAAAGAUGACCUGGAAUGUCAAGCGCUCCCUGUUCCGCACUCACAUGGCCGGGCUCCUCUCCCUCGCCUUCCUGUUUGCUGUUUUUCUAUUCUGCAGCCACCAGGACUGGCUUCCCAGCAGGACAGGGCUGAGGGAAAACCCUGUGGCCUACACUGUGCGGGGUUUUCGCUCCGCAAAGGGUGAGACCAAUCAGAGCACAAUAAGGAACAUUUGGAAGGAGGUUCUCCAUUCGGCUUCCAAACCCCAAACCAACUCUAGCUCAAACCCCAAACCAACUCACAGCUCUAAGGAGGUGUCCUUACAGGGGGUGACGGGGCUGGAGAACUCCUUAAGCACUAACAACAGCCUGUACCUGGAAAUGGGGGUGAAUGGGCAACCAGUCCCACAGCCUUACCGCUACCUCAUCAAUGAACCUCACAUAUGUCAAAACAGCAGUCCCUUUCUUAUACUGUUGAUUGCAGCAGAGCCCCAUCAGGUAGAUGCUAGGAAUGCUAUUAGGCAAACCUGGGGGAAUGACAGUGUGGCUGGCAAGCUGGGCUUUGUUCGACUGUUUCUGCUGGGCCUGGGGAAGGAUAGCAAUGGUUAUCAGCAGCGUUCCAUUAAAAAGGAGAGUCAGCUCCACCAUGACAUCAUUCAGCAAGAGUACCAGGACACCUACUACAACCUAACUAUUAAAACAUUAAUGGGAAUGAAUUGGGUAGCUAAACACUGUCCACAUGCUCAUUACAUCAUGAAGACAGACAGUGACAUGUUUGUGAAUACAGAAUAUCUCAUUCAGAAAUUGCUCAAGCCAGACCUGCCACCCAGACAGAACUAUUUCACAGGCUAUCUAAUGAGAGGUUAUGCUCCAAACCGAAACAAGGAGAGUAAAUGGUACAUGCCACCUGAAAUGUACCCCAGUGAGCGAUACCCCAUAUUUUGCUCUGGAACCGGAUACGUGUUCUCGGGAGACCUAGCUGAGAAGAUAUAUAAAGCCUCUUUGAGUAUACGCCGUCUGCACUUGGAGGACGUGUAUGUGGGCAUCUGCCUGGCCAAGCUACGCAUCGACCCUGUGCCACCACCAAAUGAAUUUGUGUUCAACCAUUGGCGCGUGUCCUACUCCAGCUGUAAAUACAGCCACCUGAUUACCUCGCACCAGUUUCAGCCUAAUGAACUAAUUAAGUACUGGAACCAUUUGCAAAGCAACAAGCACAACCCUUGCAUCAAUGCAGCCAAGGAAAAGGCUGCGAGAUACCGUCACAGAAAGUUACACUGAAAAGUAUUUGUGUGAGAUUCAUAGUGGGACAUGUACAGAUCUCAGCACCUGACACGAGGGAACAGCACAGCAAAGGUUUUGGUACUGCAUUCAAAAAUGUAAAACAUAUUUUUUUAAUUUAAAAGAAAUGUUACGUAUUGUACUUCUGUAACUUAAUGUUUGGAAAGUAUUUUUAAAAGGAAGUGAAAUAAAUGUUAAUGUGCAAUAUUGUGCAUGCACAAAACACGGGUGGUUAGUUCUCCACCCUGGGUGCCAAUAAAAGUGUUAGAAACAAAGAUGCCAUUGACUUCGUUUUGGACAUUUUUUUAUGGACUAUGCAAAGGGCUGAAUACAUUGUGGGUCCAAUUCCAGGAAAAUAUCCACGAUAGAUCAAAACGACAAAACUACUCCAGCAUAUCAGUAUUUAAACAUUUUUAACCUUUUUUAAACAAGGGAAAUAUCUUCUCUGACUAAACCACAUUCCUGACUAUUUGCAAUCAACAAUAUUAUCCAUCUGUCCACCCAUCCAUCCACCCAUCCAUCCAUCUAUUAUCUAACCCGCUUAUACCUGGUCAGGGUCGUAGGGGGGCUGGAGCCUAUCCCAGCACACAUUGGGCAAGAGGCUAGAAUUCACCCUGGUCAGGUCACCGAAAAAACUAUUUGCAACAAAAAUGUUAACCAAGUAUUGAAAUGAAUUUAAUCUAAAACAUCACCCCAAAUAGCUCUGUCAGGUGGCAAUCAAAUCACAUCCUUCCA